AUGGGCUCUGUCUCCUCGUGGCUGCUGCAGGCGCUGCUGCCGAGCAGCGCAGCAGAUAACUCUGCUGCUGCUGCUGCUGCUGCUCCUGUGGGGCUAGGAGAUGGGGAUUUGCGCUGCCUAUGCGCCUCCGUUGCUGCUGAGUUUGCUGCUCUGGCUUGGCCCCACCGGGAGACGUUAGCUGCAGCAGCAGACUUGCUGCUGCCGCCGCUGCUUGAGGUUGUGGGGAAUCCGCUGCUGCAGCAGCAGCAGCUGCCGGAACCCAUCUUCUGUGCGGCGCCGCCUUCAGCAGCAGCAGCAGCAGCCGCUGCUGCUUCUGCGCUGCAGCAGCUGCAGCAAAACAGCAGGAGAAAGGGGUGGCCAGAGGAGGCAGAUGAUGACGCUGCAGAGCAGCAGGCGGAAACUUUGCUGCGUCUGUCUCCCUGCGUUGUCCCUUUGCUGCUCGACUACUACGCGCCGCGAGACGUCUUGGGAGAGCUGCUGUCAGCAAUGCAGCAGCAGCAGCAGCAGCAGCAGCAGCAGGAGUGUCCCGGCCUCGCUGCUUCUUUCGUUGGCUCUUAUACAGCAGCAAAAGUUGCUGCUCUUGCUGCUGCACCUCUUGCUGCCAAGUCCCUCUGCGCGUUUGUGCUGUAUGAGUUGCUGCAGCUUGCUGCUGCUGCGCCUGCUGCUGCUGCUUCCGCCUCUCCUGCAGCAGCGGCAGCAGCUCACGGGGUCUCGUCUCUUGCUGCAGUGCCUCCUUUGCGGCCAUUCGUUGCCCGGGCGCUGCAGCAAGCAGCAGCAGCAGAAGGGGAAAGUGCGCAGCAGCAACUGCAGCAGCAGCUGCAUUCAUUGCUGCUGCUGCGACUCCGAGGUGCCAGGGGCCCCGAUGGCUCUCCUUUAGAUAUUGGGCCUCCCCUGCAGCAGCAGCAGCAGCAGGAGCAGCGGCAGCAGCCAGUGCUUUGGCAGCUGCUGCUGGCGGCUGACGCAGAGGCGCUUGAUCCAUUAGCUGCUGCAGGCGCGGCAGUACAGGCACCACCAGUAACAGCAGCAGCAGCAGCAACAGCAGCAGCAGCAGCAGAGCCUCAUGAGACGGAAGAGGCAGAUGAGAUGCCGCUUGCCCUUCGCGCCCUUAUCUCCUUGGAGACAACAGAAGGCCUCCCGUGCCCCCCUCUUGUCUCCUCAGUCUGCGACGCAAUGCGGAGACACGGAAUUGUGUCUCUUGCUGCAGCAGCAGCAGCAGCAGCAGCAGCAGCAGGAGCAGCAGGAGCAGCAGCAGCAGCGGGAGAGGAUGCUGAGGGCGAUUUCGGAGUUUUCUUCCGCUGCCAUUUGCUGCAGCUGCUGCAGUCAGUGCAGUGCCUUAUAAUCCCUCCCCCUGCUGCAGCAGAGGGCAUUGCAGCAACAGCUGAAACAGCUGCAGCAGCAGCAGCAGCAGCAGGACCAUCGGGAGUAGAAGAAGACAGCAGUGGCAGCUGGUGCUGCGACAGCUGCAGGAACGAGCGCUGCGCUGCAGCAGCAGAGUCUGCUGCUGCUGCUGCUGCUGCUGCUCUUCCUGGGGCUGCUGAGGCACUGCGACUGCAUGCAAUGGAGCUGCUGCUGCAGCGCUCGCCGCCAGCAGCAGCACUGGGAGACGAAGGCUGGAGUUUGCUGCUGCUGCAGCGAGCAGGUGCUGCUGCAGUUCCCUCAGCAGUCUCUGCAGCAAGGAAGCGGCUGCUGCUGCUCGACGUCGUUGCUGCUGCUGUCCCCUUUGCUGCAGCAGACCCUCCCAGUCUGCUGCUGCUGCUCUCCUUUUGCUUCCGCUGCCUCGCGCAUGCAAACGAAGCUGCUGCUGCUAAGCCCCCAACGGCGCUGCUGCUGCACCGGUGGGGCAGCGGCUCUGCUGCAGCAGCAGCAGCUGGGAAGGCUGAGGCUGCUGCGCUGCAGCAAGCUGCAGCAGCUGCUGCUCUUGCCGUCAUUCAAGCAGCAGACGGCGAGGCACUGCAGCAAGUUAUUGUGUCCCCCCGCGAAGACUGGUGGGGCCCCUCUUCAGUUUGCUGCUGCCUUCUUGACUUCUUGACUGACGCUGUUGCUGCUGCUCACGGGACCCCGCAGCAGCUGCAGCAAGCAAUUGCUGCUGCUUGCACGGCAGAUAGAAGCAGCAACAGCAGCCGCAGCAGCAGCAGCAGCAGCGAAGCAGGCCCAAGCAGUCAGAUGGGAGGCGACGCAGCAGCAGACACCUGGCUUUGCGUGCUGCGCGCUUUGCUGCUGCGGCUGCGCGAUGUGUCUUUCACUGCAGCAGCAGCAGCAGCAGCAGAAACGGCCCCUCCAUGGACAGCCACAGCAGCAGCAGCUGAUGUUGAUUUAGAACCACCAACAGAAGCAGCAGCAGCCGCUGAUGGCUUUUUUGCAGCAGCAGCAGCCGCAGCAGCACGGGCAGCAGCCAGCCCACCAGCCGUCUCUACGGGAAGAAAGAGAACCCCAGGCAAGCUGCAGAGUAGUCCCACAGCUACGGCUGCUGCAGCACCUGGGCCCCGCAGCAGCCAGGCUGCUGCUGCUGCGCCCCGCCCUUAG